UUCGCUUUCAUUCUUCUCUGGACACUGUCGCUCUUUUCCGCCCUGCAGGAAUGUAAAGGUACACCGGGCGAAGGUCUGUUAGUGACAGGUCGCUGCAUUUCUUCAGGAAUGAGACUCCCACACCGCUGAGCUGAAAAUGAAAGAGUGGUGGAUCCAUGUGGGUCUGAUCUGCGUCCCGUUGGUAGCUGUGUACCUGAACAUCCCGCCCCCUCAGCUGUCACCUGCCCUGCAGAAGUGGCACAGUGCCGGGGAGGUCUUCCAGUUCAGGGGCAGGGAGAUCUUCUACAGAGAUUCUUAUGGUGCUUUGGGAACGUCCGAUGUCGUCGUUCUGCUCCAUGGCUUUCCCACAUCCAGUUAUGACUGGAAUAAGAUCUGGGAACCACUCGCUCAGCGCUUCCAUCGAGUCGUCGCACUCGACUUUCUUGGUUUUGGCUUCAGCGAUAAGCCACGACCUCACAGGUACUCCAUCUUUGAGCAGGCCAGCGUGGUGGAGGCUCUGGUGGCUCACCUUGAUCUGAUCAACCAGCGGGUGAAUGUCAUUUCCCAUGACUAUGGAGACACGGUGGCCCUGGAGCUGCUCUACAGGAGCCACCAAAACCGCUCGGGACACCUCAACUUUAACAGUCUGUGUCUAUCCAAUGGAGGAUUAUUCCCAGAAACACAUCAUCCACGGCUGCUGCAGAUACUUCUGAAGGACUCCAGUUUCCUGGCUCCAGUUCUGACUCGUCUGACCAACUUUAUCAUCUUCCAAAAAGGGAUUGGAGACGUUUUCGGUCCGUACACUCAGCCCACAGACGCUGAGUUCUGGGACAUGUGGACCGGUUUACGCUACAAUGAUGGAAACUUAGUCUUGGACAGUAUCCUGCAGUACAUCAACCAGAGAUUAAAACACAGAGACCGAUGGGUGGGAGCACUCACCUCCACCGACGUCCCAUUGCACAUGAUCUACGGACCCCUGGACCCCGUCAACCCUCACCCCCAGUUCAUCCGUCUUUACCAACAGCUCGUCCAGAGGUCGACGAUCACCGUCCUGGACGAACACAUCAGCCACUACCCUCAGCUGGAAGAUCCCACCGGCUUCCUAAACGCGUAUUUUAACUUCAUCCACUCUUUCUGAGGAGACGGUAGACGGCAGCACGUGUUUUAAGGAUUUCAGGAGCUGUUUGGAUCACUUGAGAGUGAUAAAUGACCUUUUUCUGAUGAUUGUAAGAGGGGGAAGCUGCAUCAGUUUGAGGUUUAAUCAGAAGCUAAUUAACCAGCAUUAACAGCUAAAAUGUCAAUGGCUGACAUUUGAAGGCAUCAAAUACGAGCUAGGAACAGGAUUAAUUGAACAUAAUGCAACUAACGAAGUGAUCUGAAGGUGGCAGUGUUAAUUUAUGAGCCCUCAGAGGAAGCAUGAUUCCUAAAUGUUGUUUGAACUUCAUGUAGGAGCGUGAUGAUUCCCUCCAUAUUCUGUUGAGUCCUACAAUCAGCUGCUCUCUGAAUGACUUUGAUAUGAUUUUCUACAUUUUUCUUGAUGUCAA